CCUCCGUGUUGCGAGAUGAAAACUUCGCUGAUUCUCUCGGCGUUGCUCGCCCUCGUCGGCAGCGCAGUCGCUGCGAAGCCUUUCCUGUGCUAUUGGGAGUUCUGGGGAGUGUACCGGGCCGAUCCUCACAAGGGUACAAUCGACAAGAUCCCGGUGAAUCUCUGCACCCAUGUCAUCUAUUCCUUCGUGGGCUUGGACGAGAACAGCAACACCGUCAAGCCGCUGGAUAGCGAGAGAAUGGACAGCGAUCUCCGUGCGCUCCGAGCUCUCAAGCAGAAGAACUCAGCCCUCAAAGUCAUCGCCGCCAUCGGAGGCUGGGGUGAGGGGGCCGCGAAGUAUUCCCGUCUGGUGAGCAACACCGCAAGCAUCGACAAGUUCGUCGCUUCCGUGAAGGAUUUCGUGAAGAAGUAUGAGCUCGAUGGUUUCGAUCUCGACUGGGAAUUCCCCGGAGCGACCGAUCGAGGGGGCAGUCCCUCAGACAAGGCGAACCUGAUAACUCUCCUCAAAAAACUCCGUGAAGCUCUUCCGGGGAAACUUUUGACUAUCGCCGUCGCUGGACCCCAAUACAGGAUCGAUGGGGGUUACGAUGUUCCAAACAUCGCCAAAACCGUCGACUACAUAAACGUCAUGUCCUACGAUCUCCGUGGUCCGUGGGACCAGGCUACGGGGAACCACGUGGGUCUGUACGGAAACGGCAUCAGCGUGUCUCAAGUAAUGCAAGCUUGGCGCAAGGCCGGGGCUCCCGCGAACAAAUUGAUCAUGGGCUUCGCUUUCUACGGUAAAUCCUUCACCCUCCAAAAUCCCUCGAACAACGGUAUCGGCGCUCCCGCCAGCGCCGGCCAAGCUGGCGAAGUAUCCCAGGAAGGAGGAACCCUUUUCUACUACGAAAUCUGCGAAAGAAUCAGCAAACGAGGGUGGAAACGAGUUUUCGACGACGCGACCAAGGGUCCCUACGCUUUCGGAGAGAACCAAUGGGUGGGAUACGAAGAUGUCGAAGGUAUCAAACACAAGACCGAUCUCAUCAAUAAAGAAGGCUUCGCAGGCGCCAUGGUCUGGGCGAUCGAGCUCGAUGAUCAGUCGGGCGUUUGUGGCGGAGGGAAGUUCCCUCUCGCGAAUGCUGUUUCUAAAGGACUCGGAGGGAACUCUGACGAUGGCAAGGACGAGGACGAUGACGAGGAUGAAGACGUCGUGACCCCUUCUCCGAAACCCGAUCCCACAACCGCGUGCCCGCAACCCAAACCGACCCCGAAUCCCAAUCCCGGACCCACUCCCGACUGCAGCUCCGGAGAGGAAUACAUCCCUCACGCCUCCCAAUGCAGCAGAUACAUCCGGUGCGUAAACGGGCAGCCGAUCGAGAUGCCGUGUCCGCCAGGACUUAUCUUCGACUACAAUCUCAAGGUUUGCAACUGGCCGGACAGCGUGAAUCCGAAGCUCCCCGCUGGAUGCCAAGACGCAUGAUAUCACUCGGGGAUGGAGACAGACUGAAUAGAACGAGAGAAUAAAAGCGAAGCUGAG